CGUCACGACGCAGAGGUCACGCAUCUGUCACAUGAGUCGCUCACAGAUUCCAGUCUUUCCUGGCUUCAACGUCUUUUUAAUUUUGUCUGCGGCGUUAAACGCGCCGUCAUGGACGAGGACGGUCUGCCGAUAGUUGGCUCCGGAGUCGAUCUCACCAAGGUCCCCGCGAUACAACAACGAAGAGUCGUCGCCCACCUCAACCAGUUUGUCGUGCACACGGUUCGGUUCCUUAACCGAUUCUCCGCGGUGUGUGAAGAGAAACUAUCAAACAUUUCCCUCCGCAUACAGCAGAUCGAAACCACCCUGUGUAUAUUGGAGGCCAAAUUGUCCUCCAUUCCUGGACUGGAGGAUGUCACAGUGGAUGGACUCAACCAGCAGCAAAGUGUGCAGACCAAUGGACCCGUUGCGGCCAGUCAGAACCAACCGGCUGGUGUAACAGCGGAGGGAGCUCCUCCCUCACAGCCGGAUCAGGGCUCACCAGAAGCUGCACCUGCACAAGAAAAAGCAGAAGCGGUCUCAGAGAAUAUCAUGACGGUGGCCAAGGACGCACGUUAUGCACGUUAUUUGAAAAUGGUUCAAGUGGGAGUCCCAGUAAUGGCCAUUCGUAAUAAAAUGAUUAUGGAAGGUUUGGAUCCGAACCUGCUUGACACACCUGAUGCCCCGGUGCCCGAUGGAGCAGCAGGUAGUGCAGAGAAUGACGAUCUUCCCGCCACCAGCUCUGAUAGUGAAUCCUCUUUCAGUGACUGAUCUCUGCCUCGCUCGUCCACCGUUGUUUUCAUCCUUGAAAAAGCUCCGUUUUUAAGGUUCCUUGCAGCUCGCGCCUCCUGCAGUCUGCUCGGAGCAAGCGAGCGGCUUCGUUCAGCCUGUAGGACACCAGUGAUGAGGCGGACAUGAAGGGACUCAGAUGAUUGUAAUUUACCUGGAAACGGGCCACCAUCGCGUCGCUGUUUGUCAGCAAGCAACCAUGAUUGUUUUUUUGUUUGUUUUUUCGUCCAUUGUUUGGAUUUUUUUUUUUCUAGUGAUGAUGAAUAUUAGUUAUAAAACAAGCUUGAAUCUC